GCUGCGGGCGGAGCGAGUCGCCGAGCGCGCGCCGGGGGCUCGGCGUCUGUAGAAGCGGUCAGCGGUUCGUGCAGGUGUCUCACUACGGUCUCCGCCUUGCCCGACGCUGUCUGUCUUCUUGAAGAGGUCGGGGGGCGACCGCGGACGAUGCUCUGUUCUCGGCUGCUUUGUGCGUGUCUGUGGCUGGCAACCGGCUACGCACACGAUGACGACUGGAUCGACCCCACCGACAUGCUCAACUAUGACGCAGCCUCGGGAACGAUGAGGAAACCUCAGGUGAACUAUGGUCUGUCAGAGAGAAAAGAGGUUAGUCCUGACUUGUCAUACGCUCAAGAAUUGUCGGAAUGUUACAGCAGACUUGAUUCUGUAACUCAUAAGAUUGAAGAAUGUGAAAGCAAAAAGAAGAAAGACUAUGAAAGUCAAAGAAAUCCUGUUUUGGGGAGAUACUUAAAUAAGAUUUUAAUUGAAGCCAGGAAGCUCGGACUUCCGGACGAAAACAAAGGCAAUAUGCAUUACGAUGCUGAGAUUAUCCUUAAUCGACAAACCUUGAUAGAAAUACAGAAGUUUCUCGACGGAGAAAACUGGAAUCCAGGUGCCCUGGAUGAAGCACUAAGUGAUAUUUUAAUUAAUUUUAAGUUUCAUGAUUUUGAAAAGUGGAAGUGGAGGUUUGAAGACUCCUUUGGCGUGGAUCCGUAUGACGUGUUUAUGGUGCUUCUGUGUCUGCUCUGCGUCGUGCUGUUAGUGGCUACGGAGCUGUGGACGUACGUGCGUUGGUCCACCCAGUUGAGGCGUUUUUUAUUUGUCAGUUUUCUCAUCAGUACGGCAUGGAAUUGGAUGUAUUUAUACAAGGUGGCUUUCGCACAGCACCAGGCCGAAGUCGCCAAGAUGGAGCCGCUGGGCGACGCGUGUGCGGAGAAGAUGGACUGGUCUGGAAGUCUCUGGGAAUGGUUUAGAAGUUCCUGGACCUAUAAGGAUGACCCAUGCCAAAAAUACUAUGAGCUCUUACUAGUCAACCCCGUUUUAUUGGUUCCCCCAACAAAGGCAGUGGCGGUCACGUUCACCACCUUCGUCACGGAGCCGUUGAAGCACGUUGGAAAAGGGAUCGGGGAGUUUGUUGGAGCGCUCAUGAAAGAGACCCCAGUGCUCUACCAGCUCCCGCUGCUUGUCAUCGUGGCCCUGGGCGUCCUGGGUUUCUGCUACGGUGCUGGGAACUCAGUUCUUCUGCUGAGACCUUUAGGUGGUCGAGGAACAGAGCCGCCCCAGGCCCUUCAGCCAGGUGACUGGCGACGGCAGCAGAGAAUCGAUUAUAGACCCAGUGGUGGAGCAGGUGAUGCAGACUCGUACUGUGGGGGCCAGAUCGGCCCCUCUGAGCAAGGCCCUUACGACAGAACGUCUGAGGGUAAAAGACGUGUUUUGAGAGAGAGAGACGCUGACUUGAGAAUUCACACUGGCCACUUGAACCCCGAAGUGCUCCGGGCAUGUGACUUGCCAGACACACAGACGCGAGAGCACCCCGAGGUGGUGUCCAGUCCCAGAGGGACUGGUGGAGGCCCCGGAGGACACUCACCCUCGGAGAGCAGCGCUGCAGGCAGCCGGCCCCCUGAGCUCGCCUCUGGCCCGGAGGCCUCAGGGAGCGUGGACGGUUCGGCUGCAGCGGGGAAGGCCCAGCUCCAGACUGAUGCCAAAGGCAGCCCCGAGGAGGGCAGCACCGCCAGCCCGGCAGGCCCGGCUGCCGGAGCCGCAGGAGCCGCAGGAGCCACAGGAGCCGCAGGUGGAGGGGACCCGCCCGGUGGCCCGAGUGUCUAGAGGAACUCGGACUCGAACCACAGCUUGGGGGUGGUCUUUUUGUGUUGGGAUUUUGACAUAAAUUUUUCACAGCUAUUUACUACAGAUACUUCAUACUACAAAGUGGCCAACAUAAACAUCAAUAUUUUUACUGACAAUCAGAAUUAACAAACACACGUUUCUUUUUUUUCUUUUUCCUUCCCUCUGUUUUAUCUUCUGCUGGAGGUGAAGACACACCCCACGAAGUUUGAAGUGUGAAUUUUGGAAUAGCAUCUCGUCAGUGACCCUGUGGCAGGCAUCACUAAGUCUGGAUAAUUCAAGCCUUAUGGAACUAGGGUCAUUGAAAAAGCAGUUGAAUGUUUACAGACACACGGGGGACCCAGGUCACCCCGAGUGUGUGUUGCCUGGGAGACGUCCUGGGGCAGCUGCUUCAGUUGGGCUGGUCUGUUAAUUGCAUGUGGCGUUGCGGAAGCAGCAGGUUCUUGCACACCAUUUAGCCACGGUGACUCUGCGUGUCCUGCAGCGUCCUCAGAGCCGUGGAGUCUGCGUUAGCAGCACCCAUGCCCUGUGCGGCUGCUCACGGGGCGGUGGGUCCGUGGUGUCGUGUUCUGCCCGCGUCUCUCGGCUCCCGGCUGUUACGGCGCCGCUUCCUUGCCCCCGUGACGUUUUCCUGAGUGGAGACAGGCUGAAGGCUGCCCCCGGGACCCCAGACAACACAGCUCGGUCGAGGUGGCGAUCCAGCUGCCUGUGGUGAAUGGAGGCCGAGGGUGGCUCUGCCCUUCCCCACCAGGAGCAGUGCCCGGGGGCUCUGGGAGACCCGAAGCCGAGACCGUCAGGUACCUCGGUACCUCGUUCGUGUGACAGCGAACCGCGCUGCUGGGGCCACAGCGAGUCCUCGUGUCUGGAGGUCUGGACCUAGGGGAGGAGCCGCGAUGGGGACUGCAGAGCAGGGUGCUCUCCUUAGCUGUGGGCAGGCGACACGCUCAGCACGCCACCUUACUCUGGUUUCUGAGACUAUUGCUCAUUUUAAACUGAAAAUUUUGUAUAAAUUAGGCUGGUACCUAGCUAGAAGGCAAAUUUCACAUACGUUUAGGUGUCCUCUGUUUUUAACCUUUUAGCACUAAAAGUUAUGUCCAGCUGCUUACUAAGAGUAACAGACAGGAAUAUUCUUACAAUUUUCCCUCAGGUAUUUGUUUCAGAAAAAGACUUACUCAAAGCCUUCGCUUUCUGGUAUGUUUUUUUCCAAUUUUAUUUUUCAGUUAGAGUUUUCACUUGGUACUAUUUUCUGGUAGGUUCAGGUGGACAGCACAGUGGUCAGCCAGUCGUACGCCUUGUGGAGCGGCCCCCGAGGCUGCCAGCGCCCACCCGGCCCCGUGCACAGUCAGUGCAGCGGUGGUACUGACCUGCGUCCCCCGUGCCGUGCUGCUGGCGCGCUCUUCACAGGGAAUGCAGAAAACCGCCUUUCCUUGGCUCCUCAAAGCAUCACUUGGAUGCCUUCAGUAUUUUGUGUGUUAAUACUAUCCACUUGAAUGUUGCAGAAAUCUUUAGCGUUUCAUCAGAGAGGUGGUCCUUUUUUCCAAAAAGUGCAAAAAUUGUGUGUAAAAAUUUAUGGCACUAGGCCCAUAACAAAUGAGCUAAUGACAGGAAGCCCGUGGUUUGGAAUGGGUGUGUGGACACCAGUGAGUGUGACCUGAUCCGCUGGGGGCUAGACCUCUGUACCGACAGGUGGUGCGGUCCUCCGGGCCGGGCCCGGUUCUGAAGGGGCGGGGCCUCAGCUGGUGGACCGUGACUGAGAGAAGGGACUGGUGCGGCCUGCGCUCCAGACUGCUGUCCGUCAGUCCCAAGUGAACCUGUCACAGACACGUUUCAGUCAACUUUGUCUCUGGAUUCUCCACUACGGAUGACCACUUGGUGAGCUCUGCGUUGACAGGUAGCAAGGCAGCGCGCCUGCUGUUGGGUGGGGACAGGGAUCAGGAAGACUGACUAGGGCAAGUCGGACACGUCCAGGCCAGGUUACAGCUGGGAGAGCCUUGUUGAUUUCCUGGCCAAUGUGUAUCGCUGAAGUGAGGGAUUACGGUGACAAGCUUUGAGGGGAAUCAGAAUGGCACAGACUCUAAAGCAAUCUUAAAGUGGAAUAAUGCUGAAUGUUUACAGGGUCCAAAACUACCGUAUACACAAAAUAAACACUUAUUUUU